UUCUAUAUUUUGUGUUUUUAUCAGUAUGAUCUUAUAAAUUGAUACAUAAAUUAAACUUCUAAUUAUUAAUGUAUAUUUAAAAACAUAAAAAGUAUUAUUUCGGAAGUUUUUAAUUAAUAUUCGAUCAAAUAAUAUUGACAAAGUUAAAUAUGAAUAAGUAUAAAAUUAAGGUCGGAAUAAUUGGUGGUUCAGGUUUAAAUAAUCCUCAAAAUCAGAUAUUAAAUUGUCAAUCUAUAACUACACGAGAAAAAGCUAAAAAUGAAUUUGGAUUUCCAUCUAGUGAUCUUUAUCACGGAAAUAUUAAUGAUGUAGAUGUGAUAUUAUUAUCAAGACACGGACCAGAUCAUAAAAUAAGUCCUACUGCAGUAAAUUAUCGUGCCAAUAUUGAAGCUUUACGCUUAGCUGGAUGUACUCAUAUAAUUGCAUCAACAGCAUGUGGCUCCUUACAAGAUUUUAUUUGUAAAGGACUAUUAGUUGUUCCAGAUAGCUUUUUAGAUAGGACAAUAAAAAGAAGUACAACUUUUUAUGAUGGUACUUCACCUAAAUAUUCUGGAGUAUGCCAUAUGCCAAUGGAACCAGCUUUUGAUCCAACUACAUCUCAGAUAUUAUUUGAAGUUGGUAAAGAAUUAGGAUAUAUGAUAAGAAAAGGAGGAACAAUUGUGACAAUAGAAGGACCAAGAUUUUCUUCAAAAGCUGAAAGUAAUGCAUUUCGUAUGUGGGGUGGGCAUUUAGUUAAUAUGACAACAUGUCCAGAGGUAUAUUUAGCAAAAGAAGCAGGACUCUUAUAUGCAGUUGUGGCAGUAGCUACUGAUUAUGAUUGUUGGAAAGAUUGUGAAGAUAAUGUUCAUGCAGCUGAUGUAAUGGAAGUAUUUAAACAAAAUAUUAAUAAAAUAAGAAAUAUAUUUAUAAAAACAGUUAAACUUAUUGGUGAAAGAAAUUGGGACAAAGAAAUUGAUACUCUACAAAUAUUAUCUCAAAGCAGUAAUGUUUCUUCUCAUUCUUUGUGAUUUAUACGUAAUGUACGUAUAAUAUCAUAUAUAUCAUACAUUUAUAAUAUGAUAAUAAAAAAGUACUGCUUCAUAUUUAACUUUAUAUUAAAUUGAAUAAUGAAAAUUAAAAUACAUUUCUUAAAAAUUUUGAAAAUAUGUACUUUUUGUUAAUAAAUAUAAUAUAAAUGAAA